CCCUGACAUUUACUUGGUCCUUCGGAGCCGACUUCCGGGUGCAGCUCGGGAGGAGGGCGAUAUCGCGGACUGCAAGACUGUGCACAGCCGAGGUGGUGAGAAGAUAACUGCCUCGCUAAGUCCACUUUUCCCGUGGCCAGUACACGCCAUCGUCCUUCGCUGGAGCUGCCGACGGAAUUCGAACGGAGAGCACCAGAACGACACGACAGCAUCGCCCUGUCCACGUGGGAGACUGGGUGUUCAUCAAGGUGAUCAAACGGAAGCAUUGGGCCAGUGACCGUUACGAGGGACCACACCGUGUGUUGCUGACCACUCCCACCGCUGUUAAGGUCGAGGGGAGGAACGGGUGGAUCCACCUGAGUCACUGUAAGUCCCGAGAGCUCGACGAGUAAGAGAGACGCAGGACUUCGUGUGCAGAACAGUGUUUUUACAGGGAGCACGUGCUGGUAACCUCUGCUCCCUGGGCACUGCAACAUGGCAAGCCACCUGGUCGCAGGGUGGGCUUUCAUCAUCGUCAGCCUGGGGUCCAGGGAAAGCCUCGAACUCCAGCCUGCUGAGCCGCAGCCAUCGGAAAUCAUAUCCUUCAUGGAGAUAAGUAAAGUCAAAAGAAGUAUAAUGUCCAUAGAGUCAUUGUGCAAUAAAGAAAUGGGUCAUGAGAGAAUAAUACAGCUGUGUGUACCUGCUAACUUCACACGAACAUUCACCCUGCCAUACAGUGCACCUACAUAUGGAGAAGUAACGUUGGAGCAAGCUGUAGGGGGCUACACUGACUGUGAUUAUUAUGUUAUAAUGGGGGUAGAAGACAAUUCAUGGGGAAAUGUGGCAACCUACACUGGGACAGACUGGACACCCUACCCAACAACAGAGACAGCGAAAAUAUGGGCACGCAUACUGACAUUAACUAGAACACGCACCCACCUCACUGUAACUUUAGAUUUUAGGGGGCAGGAGGAUAAGUUUGAAUGUCAAGUGUUACGCAUUUAUGCUUAUUAUCCUGGGCCCGCCUUAGAUCCAUUUGCAGAGAUACUGGUGUGUAAACAAGAAGGUAUAACCCUGCUCCCAGAUAACUAUGCAUACGUCAAUGAAGUGGCGUUGAGAAGGGGGGUAGGAUCUGUACAGCCCGAAAAAAUAGAUGUAGACACCUUUUUCUAUCUAGCCACCGGAGUAGAUACUACCGUCAACACAUGGGUUCAAUUAGCACAACAAGCAGCACAAAACACUGCAACUGACUGCUUGGUAUGUAUGAAAGCCAGACCCACAGUAUUAGUCGUGCCUGCAACAUAUUAUAAUGACACGUGUGAGACAAUUAUAAUGAGUGGUAUCGACAGGGGCAAAAUAUGUGAAGUAGACCAUACAACUUACCCCGUAUUGGCCAGUAACACGCAGCCGCCCAUAUUUAGACCCCCCGACUGCAGGCAACUUUUCAUGUAUAGAACGAGCAACAGGAGGGGGAAGGCGGGCCUAUCUCUCGGUAGGUCAUCUUUCCCAGUCUCUCUGUGCCAGGACUCGGACGGUAAACGAGAUUGACCUGACUCACCAGCGACAGGACUUGUGGUGGUACUGUGGGGGGAAUACUCUCAGGGGACACCUGCCGCUACACUGGACAGGGCGCUGUGCCAGGGUAGUUCUCGUGUCUCCAGCGACUGUUAUUGUAGCAAGCCAGACUCCCUCUAGGGCAAAAAGAGACGUCGACUAUCCCGUUAUGGGGCCUGACCCGACCUAUAUUGAUGCUAUAGGCGUACCUAGAGGGGUGCCAAAUGAGUAUAAGUUAGUAGAUCAAAUAGCUGCGGGCUUUGAGGGUCUUCCGAUUAUCUCCGCUAUACUUCCAAUUACUCCCCAUAAGAAUGUAGACAGAAUAAACUAUCACCACUACAAAAUACUGAGACUGACCAAUUACACUUUAGCUUUAGGAAAAGCUUUAGCUGAGCAGCUGCACGCCACCUCCGCGAUAGCUUAUCAAAAUAGAUUAGCGCUUGAUAUGGUCCUCGCAGAGAGGGGAGGGGUCUGCGCAUUUUUCAAAGGACAGUGUUGUUUAUUUAUCCCGAACAACACGGCAGCAGACGGAUCAGUUACCAGAACCUUACAGGGUCUGCAAAUGUUCGCCGAUACCAUGCACGAGCAAUCAGGGGUUAACAAUAUUAUAGAAGAGUGGUUUAACUCCACAUUUGGGUCGUGGAAAAACAUUGUGUUAUCCAUAUUCACAUCACUGCUUAUUUGCAUAAGUGUGUUUGUGUUAUGUGGGUGUUGUUGUAUUCCAUGCAUACGCUUGCUCCUAUUAAGAGUUUUUGACAGGAUGUUUGAGAAAAUUGAAAUUCAUGUAGCUGAAGAAUGUGAAGCAUUACUAGCUAAUUUGAAUCUGGACUACACUCAAGAAGAAAAUUCUGUUUAGAAUAUGCAAAAUGACGAGGCUAUAGAAAAUCUGCUUAGAAGUUAUAGUACUCUGAGGUAAAGCAAUAUUGAUAAACAGGAGGGAAAUGUUAGAGAAUUGAUAUGAUAUAAAUGUAU